CAUCUGUCGACCUGGGAAUGUAUCCAGUAGUUUCCGUUCUGUUUCCAUUUCCAUUCUGACGGAUCACUCUCCUCUCGAAUUUUCCAUCAAGAAUCAGAUCUGAAAAUGGAUAUUCUUGAGUUAAAAGACGUGAAAGCUGUACCUGAUAUUGUCCACGUGUAUUCUGAAAAAGUUAAAAGUGAAUUAACUCCACUUGUCAUUGACAAUGGAUCGUAUUGCUCUAGAGUUGGUUGGGCAACGGAGAAGGAACCUCAGUUGAUAUUCAAAAAUCUUAUAGCAAAGCCCCGAAAAGAACGGGGCAAAAAAGACGGCGAGCUCCAAAUUGGAAAUGACAUUGUAAACAUCGAGGCUGUACGUUUUCAGCUAAAGACACAAUUCGAUAGGAACGUUGUCACUCAUUUCGAAGCUCAAGAGCAAAUAUUUGAUUACACCUUCACUCAUAUGGGAAUUGAUACUGAAGGAUCCGUCGAUCAUCCCAUUAUUCUGACGGAGGCUUUUCUCAAUCCUAAUUAUUCUAGGAAUUUGAUGGCUGAACUGUUAUUCGAAUGCUACAACGUUCCAUCGAUAGCCUACGGGGUAGAUUGUUUAUUAUCGUAUAAGCAUAACAAUUGUCCUUCUGAUGGGCUUAUUGUGAGCUUUGGGUAUCACACGACUCAGAUAAUACCAGUGUUGAAUGGAAGAGUCGACUCCAAGCAUGCAAGGAGGAUUAAUAUCGGAGGGUUUCAUAUAACUUCGUACAUGCACAGAUUAUUGCAAUUGAAAUAUCCAGUUCAUGUGAAUGCCAUUACUCCCAGCAGGGCUGAGGAAUUGAUUCACGAGCACUCGAGCAUUGCUUUAGAAUACCAGGAGGAAAUUAAAAAAUGGGGUGAUCCUGAUUAUUAUGACAGCAAUGUGUUGAGAGUGCAGCUUCCCUACGUGGCACCCACCACGACACCUGGACUGACAGUUGAACAGCAAAAGGAGAGGAAACGAGAACUGGCCAGGAGGUUGAUGGAGAUCAAUGCAAGGAAGAGAGAGGAGAGAUUGGCUGAGGACGAGGAGCAAUUAAAUCAAUUCUUGUCAAUCCAGGAUUUUCUGGAAGAAGGAGACACUGAGGAGUUUGAGCGAGCCCUCAAAUCCUACAAUUUAGCCAAUGAGGCGGAAUUAAUUAAGAUGAUUAAUAAUCUUCAGGCGAAGAUCGAGAAAACUAAACAGAAAAUUGUUGCUGCUAAUUCGCAGGAAGAAAACGUUAUAAUUGAGGAAAAACCCAAGAUAAAAACCAGUCUUCAACCGAAGGACUCACAGGAUUUUGAUGAGUGGAUUGCGGGGGUCAGGAAGAAGAGGCAGGAGAUUCUGGAGAAGAGAUUGGCGAAGCGUCAGCGUCGUCAAGACAUGGCGAAACGAAGAACUGCUGCAGCACAGGAGAGGAUGAGGAUUAUAAGUCAACUGGCGAAGAAGGAGAAACGUGAUGAUGAUUUCGGUAUGCGGGAUGAAGACUGGGAUGUUUACAAAGUCAUUAACAGAGAAGGUGGAGACUCCGAUUCAGAACUGGAACAAGAGCGUCUGUUGGAGCUGGAAGAUGUCCUUCGCCAGCAUGAUCCAGAGUUCGAGGGAGCUGGAGCGAACGUUCCUCUCAUUCCAGGAGAAACCCAUCAGCUUCAUGUAGCUCUAGAGCGUCUCCGAUCUCCCGAAUUGAUAUUUCAACCUGCAAUGAUUGGUUCUGUUGAGGCUGGCAUAGCAGAGACUAUUGAUUUUGUAUUGAAACUGUAUCCAGAAGACGUGCAAUCACGUCUCGUGAAUAACGUGUUUUUAACCGGUGGUCCAGCUAAAUUACCCGGGCUUCACGAACGUUUGAAACGUGAAUUGAGGGAAAUUCGACCGUUUGGCACGAGUUUUCGAAUUACCAUUGCCAAAAAUCCAGCUCUGGACGCUUGGUACGGAGCAAGGAAUUUUGGAUUAGGCGACAGUUUUUCAGAGUACUUAGUAACACGACAGGAAUAUGAAGAAAUGGGGGGUGAAUAUUUCAAGGUGCAUUCGGCCAGUAAUUUGUACACAAAAUCACCAGAUCCGCUGCCAAUAAUGCAAGUACCUAUUUGCACUGAGCAAAUUAUCGUUGAGGACGCCAUCGUUGAUGUAGAAAUGGAGUAAGAUUUUUUUAUCUUUCUAUCUUCCCCUGAAACUAAAAAUUCAAUAAAAUGUAUGAAUCGUGCAAAAGCUGUAGGAGAAGGGUAAUAAAUAUUCAAAAUGAA